UUUUGACCUCUUACAAGAGCACAUUCAAACUCGGGCAACGCGCAAUGCCGACAGAAACUUCGACUCGCUUCUCAUCUGGCUAUGGCGUUUGCGAGAUUACUUUAAAUCGACCUUCAAAGCUCAAUGCGUUAAACUUGAAUAUGAUCCGAUGUCUUCAUGGGGCUUUGGAUCAGCUGGAUGCUAAAGCUGGCAAGGUUGGAUGCCUGAUCAUGUCUGGCGCCGGUGGCAAGGCUUUCUGCGCUGGUGGCGAUGUGCAAAUGAUCCGCGAGGAGGGACUUGCUGGAGGUUCUCUUCCAGCAGACUUCUUCUACGAAGAAUAUGGGGUGAUGUUCAGACUGGCAACACUGCUGGAAAGAACAGGCUGCUGUCAAGUGAGCCUUUGCGAUGGAAUUACCAUGGGUGGCGGGGUUGGCCUUUCAACUCAUGGCCCCUUUCGCAUCGUCACGGAGAAGACCCGCUUCGCUAUGCCUGAGAUGGCCAUUGGACUUUUUCCCGAUGUAGGUGCGACAUAUCUCUUGAGCCGCUUGAAGGCAGGAGGCAACGUUGGACGCUUUAUGGCCAUGACCGGCACCACACUGGCGGCCUGGGACGCUUUGAGGGCAGGUGUGGGAACACACUUUGUGCCGUCGUCCCGUAUUCCAAAGCUAAGAGUGGCUCUUGGUAGCAGGUUCAAGGCAAAGCUCAUUGGCGAAGAUGCUUUGAGGCUUUGUGAGGACACCAUUCGAGAAGUUGCCGCAAGUGCUGAACCAUCAGGGGCUGACUGCUUGCUGAUAGAUGAAAACAUCGAGGUGAUCGAAAGGUGCUUCAGUGCUCCGUCUGUGGAGGAGAUCAUUGCUCGUCUCAAGACAGACGGGAGCGAUUUUGCGGUGGUCACCUUGCAAAAGAUGUUUCAGUCGUGUUCUCCCACAAGCUGUAAAGUCGCUCUACGGGCAAUGCAUGAAGCUGCGCAGAUGAUGGAAUACCGUUUGUCACAAAGAUUUACCACAAGGCCCCAGCCACUGUCGGACUUUUUCGAAGGCAUCCGCGCUGUACUCGUGGAAAAGGAUCGAAGGCAGAAUUGGAAACCAAGCUGGGAUGCCUUGGAUGAGAUCACAGAUGAGAAGGUAGCCUUCUUUUUCUCUCCUUUGGAACCAGAGCACACUCGGGGAGAACUCCCGGUGAAUGACUUGUGGGACUUCAGUGAAUCAAGGAGAGCUCCCUUCCCGGAGGUUCAGCUGAAAGCCAAACUUUAGCUUUGGGCGAUCUCAUGCCGCAUGGAGCUUCGAGCCACUUGGGCUUCGCUGCUUCCCACGCCAAAGACAAGCCGAGAUCACGAAGCUCAGAAAAACAUCGAG